AUGGGUCAAAUAAUUAAACAAAAGCUAAAUAGAUUAGAUAAAGCUAUACUCAAUAGAGAAAUAGCUAAAGAUAUGAAAAUUGAACAAACAAUUCAAGAUCUAAAUUGGAGAUUGGAACAAAUAAAUAAAACUUACAGUUAUAUCCAAGGUUUAACUGAAAAGGAAAUAGAAGAAUAUUUAAAAACAGUUCAAAAAGUAACAAAAAUUAAAGAUACUAACAAGCCUGCGGAAACAAGAAGAGAAUACUUAUAUGAAGUAUUAUCAACAUUAAAUGAAACAAAUGAUGCAACAAUAUGGAAAUAUCGAGACGAUAUAAAAGAACUCCAGGAAGAAUAUAAUAAAGAUAUUCAUGGAAUAUUAGACAUAACCGCUGAAGAAUUCAAUGAUAUGGGACUCAUUGAACAACAAGCAGCAGUAACUGCAUUAAUAACAGUGCAAGCACACUGUAAAGAUGAACCUACAAAACAAGCAUUAUAUGAGAAACAUAAAGAAUUUAUGGAAUCUCAAUUAGAAAAAAUAGGAGAAAUGCAUGAUAACAAAGAAAUUCAAGGAAGAAUUUAUAGAGAUGUCAUCAAAGCUAGAAAAAAGGAAAAACCACAAAUGUUACUACCCAAUCCAAAAGGAAGGAGUACCUACAAACCAUAUGAACAAUAUGAUGUACCCAGAGAUAAAGAAUUUGUUAGAGAAAAUAAACAAAUUAGAAUAAGAAUAUCACAUUCAACCACAGACGACGUAUUCUUAAAUGAAAGGCUAUCACAAGCCUCUAGAAGAAAUGAAGAUAUCCCUCAAGGAGUGUUACCAAAAGAAUUAAAAAUAAAUUCACAUCAAAACCAACAACACCUUCAAUAUACCUUAAGUAGAACACCUACUAUUGAAAUUGCUGACGCACCAUUGAAUAGAAAAAGAUACGAAAGAGGUUAUACACCAUCACCAGAUCCUUAUGAAAGAAAGCAACAAAGAUAUAAAAGCCCAAGUCUUAUACAAGGAACAUUUAAAGGACAAACAUAUACUACAUAUGUACCUGAGACAGUAUAUCAAGAAUUAGAAGACUUCAAAGAAGAAGAAUUAGAUAAAUUAGAAGCAGAUCUAAAAGAUCAUAAAAAUGAAAGAUUUGGACAAGAAGUAGAAAAUCAAUUUAAAGAAAACAAAGGAUAUGGAAUAAAUGAUGAAGAAUAUAAUCAUAUACUAUUAAAUAACCUAACUAUCCAACAAAAAAGAAAGAUAGUACCUACUAUUAUUAAAACUGAAAAAAAAAAGAUAUUCAGUAAAAAAGAUACUAUCGUACCCCCUAUAACAUUAAUGAGCAUUAAAAUAUUAAAUCCUCAAGAAAAUGGAAUAGUAGAGACCCCUAUACAAUUAGCAGCUAAAGGCUUAGCUAUACAACAAGGAUGA